AUCUUACCCCACCAGUCCAUGUGCAGCAACACCAUUGCGGUGAGUUGUUGUGGCGAACCUGUCUGUGCUGUUUCUUAAAAGACAACCCAAACUUACCACUAACCCAGCGCGCUAAGAGAAACCAGUGACCCCUUGGAAAUACAAAAAGAAAAAAGAUGAUUGAAGGUGAUCGAGAACUUUCAGCCAUAAUUCGGGAGCUCUGGGACAAUGACAUCAAUCGUCUGAGACCUGGCAUAGAUUAUCGCAUAUCUCUACAGGGCAAAGCAGGUAAUCUGACAGGUUUCACAGAUGGCAAUGAUGGAGCGGGGUUGCCUUUGUUCACAUUUGUUGAUGAAAACAUCUUCAAAAAGGAGACUUUUUUGGCCUUCAUCUCAUUGCUGGACAACUAUGAAAGUGAUACUGGUGAACCAGAGAUAGUCACACCAGAGGAAGAGCUGGAGAAUCACAAGUUCCUGGAUUCAAUUAUAAAGACUCCCACAAUGAAGAUUGCCCACAAAUAUCUAGUGGGGAAGCAUCUGUCUCCAGAGGAAACCACAGACUUCAAGCAGCAGCUGUACAGCAUCUGGUUUGAGCUGUACGCUAGGAGAGGAUCCAGUAAACCGGACUCAUCUGGUUUUGAGCAUGUGUUUGUAGGAGAGACCAGAGGAGGUCAUACUGUCAUUGGUUUUCAUAACUGGAUUCAAUUGUACUUACAAGAGAAACUUGGACACAUUGACUACAAAGGAUAUAGUGUGAAUGCCAACUCACCUCAGCCGGAUGAGAAUAAGCACAUGUUGGCCCUCCAGUUCAGCUGGAAGAAUGGUAUCAAACCCAAAGGAAGCAUCUUCAUUGGUGUGAGCCCUGAGUUUGAGUUUGCCCUGUACACUCUGUGUUUCCUCACGUCCCCAAACGAGCGCGUGAAAGUCUCCUUUAACGUCUAUGAGGUGGAGAUAGUCUGUCACCACUACAACCAGAAGCACAUAGGCACCACCUAUCCUGUGCUUGUGAAAUACCUUAAUGUAUAACUACAGAAAGGGUCUUUACGGUAAAUUAAUUGAUCAUAGCCAUGGGUUAUAAGUAUUGUUUAUAUGUUUUAAUCUCAAAAACAAUAAACAAUUUAAG